UACCCAGUGGAAGUGAACCUCUCAGGAGCCCUCAUUUGAAUAGCGGGGCUAUAAAAGCUCUGCCCGGGGCUGCGUCAGCCGUCUUGUUGUGGUUAUUUUCUGAGGCGGAGGGUGGUCGCCUGCAGGAUGUCCAGCGCGCCAGGCUUGACCUUCAGGACCGGAAGACGCUGUGGAGAGGCCCGAGGGCAGAAAGGGCCGGCACACGGACACGAGGGCUCCAGGUGCCGGGCGGGUCCGCCUCCCGCCUGGAGAACGUCCCUGGUCCCCGGUGCCCGGUGCCGCACGUCGCGUCGCCAUCCCCGCGCUGCCCCUGAGGCCCGGUUUUUUGUUAUAAUCUUGUUUGCUGUCACCAUUGUCUGGGUCCCUAUUAUGAACACGCUCCAGAGCGAAACACUCUAUGAAUACAAGCAGGCAGUCAGGAGUUACUUGACGCCACCCAUUACUGCCAUCUUCCUACUUGCCAUCUUUUGCAAGAGAGUCAAUGAGAAGGACGAGAAACAGAGAUCUUCCACGCACUGGAGUCCCGGCCCCCGCUGAUCAGGGAGUCGCCUGCACCGAGGUAGCCCCAGCCCGGCACCAGCUGUGCAAGCAGAGGCACUGGUGAGCGGACUGCAGGCCGCCGCCGGGAUCUGGCGAGGGUCCAGUCCAAAAGGCAAGGCCAACCAGAGCCUGGG